AUGGUAUACAGUAUAUAUUCAUGUGGUUCAAAUGGCAAUUAUCAGUUAGGUUUGGACGAUGAUGAAGAUCAUGACAUUUUGCAGACUGCUAAUUUUGUGACCAAUAAUGGUGUAUCGAAACAAGCUCCAGAUGAACCUGUUUUAAUUGCAUGUGGAGGUAAUCAUACAGUAAUUCUCUUUAAGAAUGGACACUUAUAUAGUUGUGGAGAUAACAGUCAAGGACAGUGUGGUCACCCGAGCAAACAGGCACAUAUUAAUAAAUUUACCAAGAUAUCUGGAGAGGGUUGGACACAUGUGUCAUGUGGAUGGGAGUUUACGGUCAUGGUCAACAAUUCAAGGGAGGUAUUCGUCAGUGGAUUGGGUUUAAAAGGAGAAUUAGGACUUGGAGAGUUCACGAGAAAGGCAGAAAUAACGAAGAUUGACUUUAGUUUUCCUGAAGAAAUACUCGAGCUCAAGUCAUCUGUGCAUCAUACAAUUGUGAGACUUCGAAAUAACGAUUUGUAUGGCUGGGGAAGUUGUCGCAAGGGCCAACUUGGUUCUCAGUUAGAUUCAAGAGGCGACCUUGGGCAUCGGGCCAAAUCCAUUAUGUGGAGUCCACAACCAUUACAUUUUGACUUCUCAUCUUACAAUGAGUUUGCCCUAGGUAGAGAAUCUACAGCUUUCUUGAAUCUGCAAGAAUUGAGAAUUUAUGGCAAAAAUCCCAAAACGAUAGAGAUAUCUGAUUGCUUUUCUCUUAGAGCAAUGUGGUCAUCGUACCAUAUUUUGAAGAGAUCUCAAAGCAUGAUCCACAUAGACUCGUUUGGUAAUAACAGCCACGGGCAGAAGUAUCCAGGGCAUGCCUCUGACAAAAUUACUCAAUUUGAAACUGGCAGUGAACAUGGUUUAAUACUUACGGAGGACAACAAAGUGUUGGUAUGGGGAUGGGGAGAACACGGCAACUGUGGUAAACAAAUUGAAGACCGCAUCGUUUUUGACCAUCUAAAUGUAAUAUAUAGUGGGCCAUCGCCAAUAAAAUUUAUUACAGGAGGUUGCGCCACUACAUGGAUAGUAAUAGAACUUUAA